AAAAAUAACCAGCACCUCAAACCAAGCAAAUAGUGGGCUGGAAUCAUUAAACAUGCCAUCAGCUUCAGUCAACUGAGGAAUAAUGAAGACCUUGAAGUUUAUGAGUGCCCAGGCCUUGGUAUCAGAUGCUCAGAUUGCUCAAAGAAGUUUAGUUCAUGUGGCAUACAACUUGUAUCCACUGCUUUUUAAAGCCAGUUAUUUGCUGGAGCAGCCUACUGUGCUCCACGACUUGGUGGAGACGUGGCCAUUGGCAGAGUUCAGCAUUGGGAAGAUGUUAGGAAAGACAGCUGACUGCGAGGACGAUCUCUCCAACAGGACAUGUGAAGCUUGUCUGCGAGCCUGCUUUACAGGGCUGAAGGACUAUGUUUUGAACAGCUCUGGGACCUACUCAAAGAAGCUGAAACUGGUCGAUCUAACAGGACUCCAUGACGUUGAAUCUCAGCAGUGCACUUGCAAAAAGGCCUUGGGGAGAUGGGGCAGAACUGUGCUGCUUGUAAAGGCCUGUUUAGAUCUGCUGGUGGAAAUGGAUGCUCGUGAACUUGACAUUCAGUCAUUCGACAUCUCAAUCGAUGUCUUGGUGAGCGCGUUUGUGACAGAGCGCAUUUAUGAAGCAAUGGUUCAGGCUCUGUGCAUGAGAAACUGGUGCCCACUCAAGAUCAGGAUCCUUGAAUUCCGGGCAGAUAACCUGGCUUUGCAUAAAUUCUUUUACAUGAUAAAGCUGAUCCAGCCUGAGACCCUGCUGAAGCUGGAGCUGGUUCACAACAUCCGUAUGGAGAUGAAACAUUUUGAGAUACUGCUGAACCAUGUGCCUUUGCCUCUGCUCAGAUCUCUGACACUCCCAGCAAGAGCUUUUGAUGUACGUGGGAUGACUCCAGAGGACGAAGUCCUACUGGUAAUGAUUGGUGAAAAGCUGAGCACAAUGAAGCAUCUCGCUGAACUCAACCUGCCCUUUUCCAUUCUCACGGGACGAAUUCGUCGGCUCCUCAGUCCUUUAAAAUCUCCUCUGCGUGUCCUGGAUCUCUCCUACUGCUCUAUGAAUCAUGCAGACAUGGCAUAUUUGGCCAACAGCCUGCACGCUGAGUACCUGGAAGAGCUGGACCUCAGUGGCCAGAGUGUAGCUGAGCUCUUUCCAUCAACCUUCUUCAAACUGCUUGGCCGGGCAUCCCGUACACUGAGAAAACUCACUCUCGAAGAGUGUGACAUCAGUGAUAAUCAGGUCCACAUGAUAAUUCUGGCCUUGGAAUCCUGUAGACAACUGCGUGAGUUCAAUUUCCUGGGGAAUCCUCUCACCUCGCAUGCUCUUCAUCGCCUUUUUCUGGUGUUUACUGAGCUCCCUGCUCUUCGUAAAGUCGAGUUUCCAGUUCCCAAAGACUGUUACCCUGACACCUUUACCUACCCGCUCACAGAAGAGAACAUGAAAAAUUAUGAUGGGGAGAAGUUUGAGAAGAUAAGACAGGACCUGUUGGUAAUUUUGCUGCGUGCUAAUCGAGAUGAUAUUAUUCUAUCUACCCCACUUUUUGGUGUCUUCGAUUCAGAACUUCAAGAGACUUCCAAUGAAGCUAAUGUCGUACUGCUUCAGUCAUUCGUUGAUGUUAUUUCCAGCUUUUUAACCACACUGGACUGAAUGACAAACUGAACUUGAACAUAUGUCAUGCCUUUCAAAUCAGAGAAUAUUUCAAGGCAUUUAUACUGAGCAAGGUGGGGUAGAGGCGAGUAGGUAGAUGAAGGUAACUUUCGGCAUAGACAAGAGGUAGAUUUUUGGAAGCAUUUUGAAAUCAUGGGGGCGAGAGAUGUAAGGAUUUUCGGAGCGAAUUUCAGAGAGUAGGGAGAUAGUGGCUGAAAGCUUGGCCCAGAUUGGGUGUAAAUCAGAGGAUAAAAUAAAAGAUAUUAAAAGAGGGUGUGUAUUUUUAAAAAAUCAUGUAUAGAUUAGUUCUGUUUUUUAAUUCCCUUAUUUUACUCCUAUACCUCAGUUUACUCCCACCUAGGCAAUGAAUGUCUCGGGCUGUUUGAUUAUGGAGAUGGGCAACUCAAGAGAGCCUGAUCCUAUCCUCACCAGAGGUCAGAAAUUUCUCGUGAUCUUAGUCGUUAAGCAAUAGUUAUGAAAAAAAAUCUUUCAAAUUAAGAUGUAAUUGAAGCAUUUUCCUAAUUACAGUAUUGCAGGCUUUUAAAGUAUAAGACCAUGAGAAGUGUUGGGCUUUUAUUGUUCUCAUAUGCAUUUUCCAGCAUGAACCAUUGGCUAGUUAUCACUCGCAAGAAAUCUGGCUGAGUUUUCUCCUCCCUAACCACAGGUGUAUUGAAAUCAAUUCUAUUACAUUAACAGCUGCCCCAGCUGAGUAUAGCUAACUCAAUAUACACUGGGUAUAAAGCCCCAGAUCUUUAAAAUUUAGUUCCACUGAGUGGUGAAUGUCUUCACAGUUAUUGUGUCGGAGAAUGCCUUUAUGGAUUAACAGACAGUCACAAGCUUGACUUCCCUGUAGUCUUAUAGGCCAAGGAGUUAACACAGAUAAAUGUAAUACUUCAAAAUAUUUGUUCCAGAUUUGUUUGAUCUGAGAGUGUAUGAUUGCAACUGGCAAUCAAAAUUGCAAAUGAUAUUAGAUCACCACAAGAAGUUGAAGGUGUGUCGAUAUGUCAUUUGCAUAUUAGCGGCUUGAUAUUUUUGGCAAUGUAAUAAAACAUUGUUUAAAAUGUG